AUGAAGUUUGGUCCGCUCACCCUCCUACUCUCGUCUUGCCUCCCUUUUGCCUCCACACAGCCAUGUACGACAGACGAAGACUGCAGUCUCAACGGCCUCUGCAUCUCCCAAACCUGCAUCUGCGACCCCGGCUGGACAGGCACUGACUGCGGACGACUGGACCUGGCACCCGCCACCCGCGGCACAGGCUACAACCACACCACCUACACCUCGCCCACACACUACAAAGAAUUCGGCAACUCCUCCUGGGGCGGCCAAAUCGAGCAAGACCGCACCAACCCCAAACUCUUCCACCUCCUCGUCGACCAAUUCGCAUACGGCUGCGGCCUCAACGGCUGGCGCCCUACCUCGUUCGUCGCCCGGGCAGAAUCCACGUCUGGACCCCAGGGCCCGUACCACUGGGUACAAAACCUCACCUCGAGCUUCAGACACAACACAUACGUACACUGGAACCCAGCCUCAUCCUCCUACCUCCUCUGGACCAUUGGCGUCGACGCCCCCUCGCCCAUCCAAUCCUGUAAAUCCAUCCCAAAAUCCGCCUGGCCAAACAACAUCUCCGUCUCCUCGGCCCCCUCCCUCUCCGGCCCCUGGUCCCCCUUCCACCUCACCGUAAACGGAACAAACCCAGCCCCCCUACCCCUCUACAACCCAGCAAACCAUACCCCGGCCAUCGCCCUCGCCACAGAAGACCUCCACCUCUUCACCGCCCCGGCUUGGAACGCAUCUUACACCCCGCUCCCCAACGGCCCCAUCAUCCCCUGGAACACAUCCGACUACACCCCAACCUGGACCGAAGACCCCUUUCUCUGGCGCGACCGCCGCGGAAACCACCACUUGCUCGCACACUGGAUGAUUGACAUUGUCCAGCACAACGGUACAAAGUACCCCCGCGUCGGCGCACACAUGUUUUCGCGCGCCCUACAUGGGCCCUGGACGUUUAAGCCCCACGAAGCUUUUUCCUCUCUUGUCGACUUUGGCGCCGGCGAUGUCGAGACGUUUAAGCGGCGUGAGAGGCCCAAGUUGGUGUUUAGUAGUGACGGCGAGAUGACGCCUUUGUAUCUUGUUACCGGCGUGCAGGCGUUGGGCGAGGGCGUGGGCGGGAGGAGUUAUACGCUUGUGCAGCCAGUGGGCAGUAAGUGGAGGGAGUUUGAAAGGGAGUUGGGAUUUUGA